AUGAAUGAUUUUCUGCGUCACCACCCUGUCGAGUUUAAUGGCAAAGUAACCCCUGAUGAGGCAGAUGAUUGGAUUUGUAAGCUUGAAAAAAUAUUUGAUGUGAUUGAAUGCACAGAGGGUCAGAAGUUGGUUUUUGCUACGUACAUGCUAGCAGGUGAGGCAGAAUAUUGGUGGCGUGGCAUGUGGAGAGGAAUGGAUGCUAGGGGAGAAGUGGCAACUUGGGUGGAUUUCAGGAAUAAAUUUUUGGAGAGAUACUUUCCAAUCAGUGCAAAACAGGAACGAGAAAGACAAUUUUUAGCUUUACAACAGGGAAAUAUGUCAGUGCAGGAAUACAAAGAGAGAUUCGAGUAUCUGGCACGAUUUUAUACACAAGAUCUUCCUGAGGAAUGGAAGUGUAGGAGGUUCGAGCAAGGAUUUCGUCAUCAGAUAUUGAAACCACUCAUUCAUCUUAAAAUUAAGGAUUUUCCGGAACUGGUGGAGCAGGCUUUGGUUGCCGAGAGACUGGACGAGUCAACACGCGUGAUGAGAAAUCAAAAGGGUAAUUCCUCGGGAGACAAAUCGCAAAGGAAGCCGUAUGAUAGGCCACCUCAGGAUAAACCUGGGAUGCUAAAGUGUUUUGCAUGUGGAGGAGACCAUCUCCGAAGGAAUUGUCCUACGUUUCCAAAUGCUAAUAAGGAUAUGAGGACAUGUUACACCUGUAAUAAGCAAGGGCAUAUAUCUCGGGAUUGUCCUCAGAAGAAGACGUUCAAUGGAACUUAUCAAAAGCCCAAUAAUGGAGAAAGGCCACAAGCAGCAGGUAGAGUGUUCGCCAUGAUAGGGGAAGAGCCUAAAAGUUCAGGUAAUUUGAUUCCGGAUAUUUGA